AUGAAGGGUCUACAGUACAACGUCGCCCUCGCCGUCUUCUUCCCGUUCUACGUCGCGGCAGAGAUUCCCUCCAACAUGGCUAUGAAGCGCUUCCGCCCUUCCAUCUGGAUUCCCUCGAUCAUGGUCGCUUGGGCUAUUUGCACGACUCUCAUGGGUCUCGUCACCAGCUAUGGUGGUCUCCUCGCCGCUCGUAUGGCUCUUGGUGUUGCUGAGGGUGGUCUUUUCCCUGGUGUCACCUACUACAUCACUAUGUGGUACCGUCGCAGGGAGUGUGGUCUUCGCAUGGCCAUCUUCUUCUCCGCCGCCACGGCCGCCGGCGCCUUUGGUGGUCUCCUCGCCCGUGGUAUCGUCGAGAUGGACGGACUUGGCAAUCUCGACGGCUGGGCUUGGAUCUUCAUCCUCGAGGGCCUCCUGACCUUUGUCGUCGCCAUCAUUGCCUACUUUGUCAUGCACGAUUACCCUAACACGGCCCGGUUCCUCACGACACCUGAGAAGGAGGAGGUUCUCCGCCGCCUGGAACACGACCGCUCGUCGCUCGCGGAUGAGUUUGACAUGCGCUACUUCUGGGACGCUCUCAAGGACUGGAAGAUCUGGGUUCACAUGUUCAUCACCAUCGGCAUCUACACCCCUCUGUACUCUUACGCCCUGUUCCUGCCCACCAUUGUCCGCGGCCUCGGUUACAGCAACGAGACGGCUCAGCUGAUGACCGUUCCCCCUUAUAUCGUGGCGUGCGUGUGCUGCGUCAGCGCCGGCUGGUAUGCCGAUCGCGUCGGGCAGCGUGGUCUCUUCAUGAUCUUCUUCAUCUGCGUUUCCAUCCUCGGCUUCCUCCUCCUCAUCGUCUCCCAGAACAACCAAGUCAAGUACGCUGGCUGCUUCUUCGCUGCUAUGGGUAUCUACCCCAACGUGCCCCAGGGUGUAGCCUGGAACGGCAACAACAUUGGUGGCUCUCUGAAGCGUGGUGUUGGCAUUGCCAUGCACGUCGGUUUCGGUAACCUCGGUGGUGCCAUCUCCGGCUUCAUCUACCAGUCCACCCACGGCCCCGAGUUCUACCCCGGCCACGGCACGCUGCUUGGCACCCUGACCAUGUCUCUGGUGCUCAGUAUCUUCAUGCACAUCUACCUGCGUCGCGAGAACGCCCGCCGCGACCGCGAGUACAAGAAGCCUGAGGAGUACACCGCCGCCGAGAAAGCGCUUGAGCGCGAGAAGGGUGACAACGCGACCUUCUUCCGUUACACAAUUUAG